AGGCGGCCAGGGCCCAGUGUUGUGUUGUGGCGGCGAGCAGCAGGCGGCCGGAGAGUCUUGGGAGGUGUCAGCGUCUGCCGCCGCGAUAAAUAGAUCAAGAUGGUGGACUUCGUGUACUCUUUGCCCUUCCUGGUGCUGGAGCUGCCGCGCCUCAAGCUGAAGCGGCCCUCCUGGGUGGCCGUGCCCUCGCCCAUGGCCGUGUUCUCCUUCAUCCUGCUGUCAUACUUCCUGGUGACCGGCGGCAUCAUCUACGACGUCAUUGUGGAGCCCCCAAGUGUUGGCUCCACCACUGAUGAGCAUGGACACUCACGCCCCGUGGCGUUCAUGGCUUACCGCGUCAAUGGACAAUACAUCAUGGAAGGUCUGGCUUCGUCCUUCAUGUUUGCGCUUGGCGGCAUUGGGUUCAUUGUCCUGGACCAGACCCAUUCGCCCUCCACUCCCAAGCUCAACCGCAUCCUCCUCAUCAUUAUCGGCUUUGCGUGUAUCAUCAUCUCUGCCAUCGCCUGUUACGCAUUUAUGAAGAUCAAGCUCCCCGGCUAUCUCAUGAGCUGAAGAGGGAGGAAAGACUCGCUGGUGGCUGCUCUCUUUCUCUCUCUCUCUUUCUCUUUUUAUACUUCAGCCCAAGGCAACUUAAUUUUCGUCUCCUCUGUGCUCUCAGUUACUUUGUUUUAUACUGACUGUCAGGUGUACUAAUGGACUAUGGAGUGAUGUGAUAUGUUGUAUGACUCCUCUGUGCUAACUGUUUGCUAUAAUAAAAGGGACACAAAUAUU